GAUUUAUAAAAUUUAUUUAUAUGUUCGCACCAAUUUAAUUAUAUAAGUAGUAGAUAAUGACUUUUUAAUUAUUCAAUAUCUAUUUAUUAUUUCAUAAUAUGUUAUAAACAUAUAAUAUAUAAAAUAAUUUUUAUAUAUAAUGUUUAUUCCGCGCGAGCUUAACCUAGUUUUAUUGUAUUUGCGAUUUGCCACAUAUUUUGUGUAUACCAAUAAGGUGGCUUACAUUCUCGACUCGUAGAUGAAUUACAACACUAUAAAGAGUGCUUUUCCAUAUUUUUGUCAUUCUACAUAUUUAUACCACAUGUAUACAGAAGUGGUAGUCUUCCAUCUUUGUACUUCCAGUUUGCGUUUUCAAAACCGUUUAGUUUAGAACAUCUGUAAAAACAACUUUGUUCUUCAAAUUUAAAGUUUGAAAAAGAUUACCUAACUUUAAUUUUUUUUGUAUUUUACACUUAAUUUUUUUAUUUUUAAUAAAGAUUAAUAAAUAGCACAAUAGUUAUAUAUAACAAUAAUCAUAUAUAAUAAAUAUACAAAAUUAAUGUAAGAAAUAUAAUAUUCUAGUUAUGUGUAAAAUCAUAGUUUUUAUGAUAAUUAUUAUAAAAAAAAAAAAGAGGAACAACCCAAGUUAUGAAAUGACUAAAAUACCCUUGUAAAACCUAAUAAAAGGGGUUGUAAUUGAAGAAUAUCGAUGAGGAAUCAAAAAAAAAUUCGCCGGAUCCCUUCUUUGCCCUUCUCCAUCGCCCAGAAUUUCCCCCUUGUCUUGUCUUCUUCCUUACCCGCCAAAUCCUUCCUCUUUGAAUCCCGUCUAUAACAGAUUGUACUGUGAUGAAAUGGCAAAUCACCAGCUGAUGAUGAUGAUGGCGGAGGAGAAUCUCGAGGAGCAUCAUUUUGUGGAACCUAGACAGAACAAUGAACUGUUUCCUCCUCCACCUCCUGCUCACGGCUACAAGUUUGCUUUCCAACCGCUACAAGCAACUGACCUUCAGAUUGGUGUUUCACGUGAUCAAAACGAGGUCUGGAACCACAGUGGAGAGAUACACGAAGAACAACAGUCUCUCGAGGGUAAAGAUGAGGUUGAUUCUCAGGAGAUCCGAGAUGGAAGCUAUGACAAUGCUUAUGACAUCACAUUUCCUGAUAACGAUGAUGACUCCGAGGAAGCUUCGGAGAAUGAUAAACUAGCUUUAGUAGUUUCCGAGGAUCUCAAUGAUAGCUUACAGUUAGGGGUGGGUCACUGCAUGAAUACAAGCCUUUCUCAGCAGCUAGAGUUGGCUCCUCCUCCUAUUGUUCAGUGCAGGUCUCUGGCUCCAUCUCCUGAGCAUAAUUUGGAAGUUGGUAUGGAGUUUUCAGAUGUUCUUGCUUGUAGGAGAGCGUUGAGAGAUGCAGCAAUCGCCUCGCGGUUCGAGAUGCAGACGGUUAAAUCUGAUAAAACUCGCUUCACUGCUAAAUGCGCUAGCGUGGGCUGCCCUUGGAGGAUUCACUGCGCCAGGCUUCCCGGUGUGCCAACGUUUUCGAUAAGGACUAUCCACGGGAGCCACACGUGCGGUGGUAUCUUGCACCUCGGUCACCAUCAGGCUUCGGUUGAGUGGGUUGCCGAGGCUGUGAAAGAGACGCUGAGAGAGAACCCUCAUUGCAAACCUAAGGAGAUACUUGAGGAGAUUCAUCAGGUCCAUGGGAUUACACUGUCGUAUAAGCAAGCGUGGAGAGGGAAGGAGCGUGUGAUGGCUACUGUCCGCGGUUCGUUCGAAGAAGAUUACCGUCUUCUCCCUCGGUAUUGCGAUGAGAUUAGAAGAACUAAUCCUAGGAGCAUCGCUGUGGUUAACGGACACCCUGAUGAUGGGAGCUUCCAGCAGCUGUUCAUCUCUUUUCAUGCAUCCAUCUCUGGCUUCCUCAACGCGUGUCGUCCUCUCAUUGCAUUGGACAAGAUUGUUUUGAAGAGCAAGUAUCUAGGGACGCUGCUGCUCGCCACGGCCUUCGAUGGAGAUGGAGCAAUGUUUCCUUUAGCUUUUGCGAUUGUUAGCGAGGAGAACGAUGGUAGUAGCUGGCACUGGUUCCUCUCGGAGCUGCGUCAGCUGCUUGAAACGAACACGGGUAACAUGCCGAAGCUCACGAUUUUAUCUAACAGAGAACCGUCCCUUGUUGACGGAGUAGGAGUUAGUUUCCCAACGGCGUUUCACGGCUUCUGCAUCCAUCACCUCGUGGAGUCUUUCAUCAAGGAGUUUAACAGCGACUCUGUUCUCGUGAACCUCUUUUGGGAAGCGGCGAAAUGCACCACCGAGUUUGAGUUUCACGCAAAGGUUCACGAGAUGCUGCUGGUGUCCCAGGAAGCUGCCAUGUGGGUCAGUAACAUCCCUCCCUCUUUGUGGGCCACGUACUGCUUUGAUGGAACCAGGUUUGGUCAUCUGAAUGUGAAUGUUACCGAGUCGAUCAACGGUUGGAUUCAAGAAGCUUCGGGUCUUCCUAUAAUCCAGAUGAUGGAGUGUAUCCGUCGCCAGCUGAUGACUUUGUUCACCGAACGCCGUGAAACAAGCGUGCAGUGGUCGAGUAUACUAGUUCCAUCUGCUGAGAGACUGGUCCUCGAGGCGAUAGAACAGUCUCGUGCCUACCAAGUUCACAAGGCUAACGAGGCGCAGUUCGAGGUCAUGACCGGUGAAGCAACGUUGUUAGUGGAUAUUAGAUGCCGUUCAUGUAUGUGCCGCGGAUGGGAUCUAUACGGUUUGCCUUGUAGCCACGCGGUUGCAGCGCUCCUCUCUUGCAGACAGGACGUUUUCAAGUUCACAGAGGGUUACUUCACUGUGGCGAAUUACAGGAGAAUUUACGCGGAGACCAUACAUCCAGUUCCAGACAAGACCAUGUGGAAGAAAACAGAAAGUGGUGAGGAUGGUGAUGAGGUUAUGAUAACGCCACCGAGGGUGUUGAGACAACAGCCACGGCCGAGGAAGAGGAGAGUUCAAGUAGAGGACCGUGGACGUCAAAAGCGGGCGGUUCGAUGUAGUAGGUGUAAUCAGCCUGGCCAUUUCAGAACAACUUGCACAGCUCCUACAUAAAAAGAUACAAAAGAUGAUCUCUCUUUUAUACUUUUUUUUUUAUAGGUUUUAGAACAUUCUUUGCAAAGCUUUUCUCUUAAACUCAAUUUUCAAACAACAGUGACAGUUAACUAAACAUCUUUAAGAGUCAAUUUAU